AUGACAGUACGGGCAGCUAAAGUGGCGCUCCUUGUCGCGGCGGCUACCCCUGAGUCAAGUCAAGACACAGAGUCAAGUCAAGCCAAAGCUGUCGUUCUCCAUGAGUCAAGCCAAGUCACAGCUGUUCCCCACGAGUCAAGUCACGUUAUAACUGUUGUUCCUGAGUCAAGUCACGUUACAGCUGUUGUUCCUGAGUCAAGCCAUGUUGUUCCUGAGUCAAGUCAGGCUACAGCUCAAGCUUCCAAGUCCAGUCAAGCUUCCAAGUCCAGUCAAGCUUCCGCCAUCAUCCCUGAGCCCGAGUCUGCACUGCUCAAGAGGGCCGCCACGCCAGUGCUUGACGCAAAGAUUACCACUAACGCCACGUCAGCCCAGCCAGCGCCUGCUAACGCCACGUCAGCCCAGCCAGCGCCUGCUAACGCCACGUCAGCCCAGCCAGCGCCUGCUAACGCCCCGUCAGCCCAGCCAGCGCCUGCUAACGUCACGUCAGCCAGGCCACAACCGGUCAAGGUCAUGUCUGCCUCUUCUGAACCUGCACCAGCUGCUGUUUCUACUAAGUCAAGUCAAGUCACAGCCAAGUCAAGUCAUGUUCCAGCUGUUCCUACCAAGUCAAGUCACGUCACAGCCGUUCAAACCAAGCCAAGCAAGGUCACAGCCGUGGCUCCCGGGUCAAGCAAGGUCACAGUCGUGGUUCCUGAGUCAAGUAAAGUCAAUGAUCUUCACAAGCCAGUUCAAGCCACCGCUGGUCUUCACGUAUCAAAUCAAGUCACCGCUGAUCUCCAAGAGUCAAAGUCCAGUCACGUCCCGCCUGACGGCCCAGAGUCCAGUCACGUCCCGCCUGACGGCCCAGAGUCCAGUCGCGUCCCGCCUGACGGCCCAGAGUCCAGUCGCGUCCCGCCUGACGGCCCAGAGUCCAGUCGCGCCCCGCCUGACGGCCCAGAGUCCAGUCGCGUCUCGUUUGACCGCCCAGAGCCUUGUCACAUCAUGUCUGCCAGUGUGAUGGCAACCGCAAUCCUCAGCAUCUGGGCCGCAAGCUACGCUCCAGAGAACUUGACGACGACUCCAGAAGUCCUACCCGUCGUCAAGUCUGUGCCAGAGGUCUCGUCUGACCUCCCUGAGCCUUGUCACGUCAUGUCUCCUAGCGUGUUGGCAAUCGCCAUUCUCAGUGUGUGGGCUGCACACUCAGCUCCAGAGGUCUCAUCUGUUCGCCAGCCAACUCCAGAGCUCCCGUCUGAUCUCAAGUUUGCUUCGGAGGCCCUGUCUGACCACGAGACAGACCCAGAGGCCUCACCAGUUGGAGAAGCCGCGCCAAUGCCUCCUGAGGUGUCAGCUUCGGCUGUAGAUCCUCCUAGGGAGGCGGCGUUCUACCUCAAACUCUCUGCUUCUCCCCUUAUUCUGUCUGCCUCCUCUGUCUCUACUGUUCCUAGGUCCCAGGCCAUAACGCGGUUUCCUGCUCCAGAGGUCCCGUCUGGUCCCAAGUCUGCUCCAGAGGUCCCGUCUGGUCCCAAGUCUGCUCCAGAGGUCCCGUCUGACCUCAAGUCCGCCCCUGAGGCCUUCCCCGUAGGAGAAGCUGCGCCAAUGCCUCCAGAGGUGCCAGCGUCAGCUGUGGAACCUCUUAUGGAGGGGGCGUUCACCUCAAUACUCUCUGCUUCUCCCCUUCUUCUGUCUGCCUCCUCUGUCCCUGUUCUCCCCAGGUCCCAGUCCAUGACAGAGCCACCUGUUCCGCCCCGGAGAGCUGCGGCACCUCCUGUUCCGCCCCGGAGAGCUGCGGUACCUCCUGCUCCGCCCCGGGGGACUGCUGCGCCUUCUUCCCCUGUUCUGUCUGCCUCCUCUGUCCCUGCUUUCCCCAGGUCCCGGAUUGUGACGCGGGUUCCGGCUCUGCCUUGGAGGGCUCCUGCGCCUCCUGCUCCUCCUCCAGUUCCGCCCUGGAGGAGUCCUGCUCCGCCUCCAGUUCCGCCCUGGAGGAGUCCUGCUCCGCCUCCAGUUCCGCCCUGGAGGAGUCCUGCUCCGCCCCGGACGUCUACUCUGCCUCCUGCUCCGCCCCGGAGCACUGCUCCACCUCCAGCUCCGCCCUGGAGGACGCCAGUGCCCCAUGCUCCGCCUCCGGCUCCUGCCUGGAGGGCUCCCAAGCCUCCCGCUCCACCCCCGGCUCCACCCUGGAGGGCCUUUGCCCAGCCAGUGCUGCCUCAGUCUCCUGGCCCCCCCACCGCUCCCUGGACUGAGAGAAGCCCAAACACGACGGGCCUGUUUAUUCGCAGAGAAUACGCCUUUGUCUGGGCCUCCCAGCCGAAGCACGAGCAGCUGCGUUUGGCUCCACAUUGUUUGGCUGAGCAGAAGGGGCCGCGGCCAGCUAAAACCGAUGGGCCAUAUUUCAGGCCCAAAGUAGCUGGCGGUGUGAGCGGACAGGCUUUGAUCAGUGCAGACGGCAGUGGGCUGAUGGUGAUGGGGUCAGCGCUGAGGGAUUACAGCCCUCUACUGCACUACUUUACUCUCUACAUUCUGUCUGCUGAAACGCAUGACCCUCAGCAGCAAUAA